AUGUCGAUGGACCUUGACGCUCCAGUCGCACUGCCUUCAGUGAACAAGCCGCAAGCGGCGACAAUUCUCUGCUGUAACUGUGGCGCUCCCAUCGAUGGGACUGCGUCUGCAGGUGCUCUAUGUUAUGACUGUAUCAAACUCACGAUAGACGUAUCGGAAGGCAUUCAGAGAGAAGGUGUACUUCACACUUGCCGAGAUUGUGAAAGAUGGCUCAGCCCACCUUCACAGUGGGUUUCGGCAGCUCCAGAGAGUAGAGAGUUGCUCGCUCUCUGUCUGCGGAAACUCCGAGGUCUUAACAAAGUUCGAAUCAUCGAUGCUAAUUUCCUCUGGACGGAACCCCAUUCUAGGCGGAUCAAGGUAAAGAUCACGGUUCAACAAGAGGCAUAUGAAGGAACGAUCCUGCAACAGACUUUCGAGGUGGAGUACGUGGUCGCUUUUCAACAAUGCCCUGAGUGCGCGAAAUCAUAUACACCCAAUGUUUGGCGAGCCUCAGUCCAAGUUCGACAGAAAGUGCCUCAUAAACGAACCUUCUUGUACCUUGAGCAGCUGGUUCUCAAACACCAAGCGCACAAGGACACGAUCAACAUCAAGGAGGUCAAGGACGGGCUCGAUUUCUAUUUCUCUCAACGGAAUCAUGCAGAAAAGUUUGUCGACUUCCUCACCUCCACGACACCGAUCAAAGUCAAGAAAUCUCAGGAACUUAUUUCCAUGGAUAUCCAUACCUCGACGAAAUCAUACAAAUUCACAUACUCUUGCGAACUAUUACCAAUAUGCAAAGACGAUCUAGUUGCUUUACCCAUCAAGAUGGCCAAGUCCAUCGGCAAUAUUGCACCUUUGACCCUUUGUUACCGAGUGGGGACGUCAAUCAACCUCUUGGAUCCGACUACACUACAGACAACAGACAUGCCAACGUCGACGUACUGGCGAGCGCCUUUCAAAAGCCUUGCAGAUGUGCAAGAACUCGUGGAAUUUGUUGUACUUGACAUCGAACCGUUAGGCACCCAAAAUGGUCGCUUUUUUGGGGCGGAGGCCACGGUAGCAAGAGCUUCAGAUCUCGGUGUCAACGACAAAACCUACUACUGCAGAACACAUCUCGGUGGAGUUUUGCAUGCUGGGGACUCGGUGCUUGGUUAUCACUUGACGGGAACGAAUUUCAACAAUCCGCAGUUUGAAGAGUUGGAGCAAAGUAACAACUAUUCGUCGACCAUUCCAGAUGUGAUGCUGGUCAAGAAAUUCUACGCAAGGAAGAAGAAGCCCAAGAGCAGGAACUGGAGGCUCAAGCGAAUGGCAAAAGAUGAGGGCGACCUAUUGCCGAAGAAGGCCGACCAGGACAGGAUGGAUGCCGAUUAUGAAAUGUUCUUGCGAGAUGUGGAGGAAGAUGUGGAGCUCAGGCAAACAUUAGCGUUGUACAAAGCGAAGCAUCAGAAGAAGAAGGAUGCAGACGAGAUGAGCAUGAUGACUGGGGAGACCAGUGAGGAUGAGGUGCCUCAGAUCAAUAUGGAGGAACUCCUGGAUGACUUUGAAGACCUCGACGUGAACGAUGAGGAAUGA